AUGAUCAAGGAAGCAGAGCUAUAUUGGGUCAGGCAAGCACAGAAAGGGAUAGAUUUCCAAGAUCCCAAUAUACAGAAACUCAGUCCAUUCUUUGAUGAGGACCAACAGGUGUAUCGUGUUGGCGGACGUCUUGGUAGGGCCCCUUUGUCGUAUGAUGUUCGCCAUCCUUAUCUUCUGCCAAAGAAUAGCCACAUUAGCUUCCUCCUUGUACGUGAUAGACAUCUACAUGCCCUUCAUGGUGGUCAUUUGCGGACUGCGAAUGAGGUCAGGAAGAGGUAUUGGAUAGUAGGCGACAUGAACAUCGCACGACGUGUUGUUCGUUGUUGCAUCCCUUGCAGACGAUAUAGAGGAAGACCGGCACACCAGAGAAUGGCCGAUUUACCAGAGUUCCGGAUCAGCCCUUGUUCUCCACCCUUCAAGACCACCUUGGUAGACUAUCUAGGCCCAGUAAUGGUGAAACUGAAUCGUAAUACCACGACCAAAGGAUACUGUGCUUUAUUCACAUGUGCAGUUACCAGGGCUGUCCACUUGACUGUUGUCCAGGACCUCUCAACUCAGGCUUUCCUUCAAGCCUUGGAAAGGUUUGUCAGUGUUAGAGGAGCACCUGCCAUGAUGGUUAGUGACAAUGCCACUUGUUUCCGAGGGGCUGACAAUACAAUCAAUGAAUUGAAUCUUAAACUCAACCAAACACAGGUCCGUGAGCACUGUCAACGUUUCAAAAUCGAGUGGAAGUUCGGACCACCAGGAGGACCUCACCACCAAGGAGCGGUUGAGCGCAUGGUCCAGGAAGUAAAGAAAGCUAUGCGGCAUCUUGUGAAGGCGGAUCGUCUAACCUUUGUGGAAUGGGAGACCAUCUUCUGCAGGAUCUCAGGUCUCAUCAAUAGCCGCCCCCUGACUGCGAUGUCUUCCUCACCCAUGGACCAUCCUCCAAUUACCCCCAAUCAUUUUCUUAUUGGUAGAGGGGAAUUGACCUGUCCAGACAUCCCUUGUGAAGACUACAAAGGAGAUCCACGCAAACGUAGAGAACUUUGCAAUAAAAUGGUGGACGGGUUUUGGCAUAGAUGGCUUGGCUACAUCCACAAGUUGACGCCACGUCAGAAGUGGCAACAUUCUGCAGAGAACAUAGAGAAGAACGAUAUUGUCCUUGUCAUCGGUGAUGACAAAAGACGUGGGUCUUGGAAGAUGGCCGAAGUAGUAGACACCAAACCUGGACAAGAUGGACUGGUAAGAAUUGUUGAAGUGAAGUUUGCAGACGGCACAUGUGCAAACAGACCCAUCACUAAACUUGUAUCUCUGAUGAAGCGAGAGGAACGUUCAGACAUUUAG